UUAGGCUUUAAAAGAGCUGUGUGUUGGUGCUGCUCUCUACAUCCCACGAUGAGACUGGUUCUGCUUUCACUGGCUCUAGCCCUUGUGGCGAGUCAACACGUGAACCUUGCUCCCGAGUUUGCUGCCUCUAAGACCUAUGUGUACAAAUAUGAGGCUCUGCUUCUUGGUGGACUUCCUGUGGAAGGUCUGGCCAGAGCAGGAAUGAAAGUCAGCAGCAAGGUUCUCAUCAGCGCUGAGGCUCAGAACACCUACUUGCUGAGGCUCGCAGAUCCUGAGAUCUUUGAGUACAGCGGUGUCUGGCCAAAGGACCCCUUCGUCCCAGCCACCAAGCUCACCUCAGCACUGGCUUCUCAGCUUCUGAUUCCCAUAAAGUUUGAGUACGCUAAUGGUGUGGUUGGCAAGGUUUUUGCCCCCGUUGGAGUCUCCGCCACAGUUCUUAAUGUCCACAGAGGUAUCCUCAACAUUCUUCAGCUCAACCUCAAGAAGACCCAGAAUAUUUAUGAACUGCAAGAGGCUGGAGCCCAGGGAGUGUGCAAGACCCACUAUGUCAUCAGUGAGGAUGUCAAGGCAGAGCGCAUUCUUGUCACCAAGUCCAAGGAUCUCACCAACUGCCAAGAGAGGAUCAUCAAGGAUUUGGGCCUGGCUUACUUGGAAACACUGCAAGCAAGGAGCCUGACUGGAGCCGCAACCUACAGCUACAUCAUGAAACCAACCCCCACUGGAGCUCUGCUCACUGAAGCCACAGUGAAGGAACUCCAUCAGGUCACACCUGUUGCUGAGAUGGGUGGAGUUGCACAGAUGGAGGCCAAGCAAAGCCUGACCUUCCUGGAGAUUGAGAAGACCCCCAUUGUCCCAAUCAACGCUGAAUAUUUGGCCCGCGGAUCCCUGUUCUAUGAGUUUGCCACUGAAAUUCUUCAGACUCCAAUUCAGCUUCUGAAAAUUAACAAUGCACCAGCUCAGAUUGUGGAGAUUCUGCACCAUCUUGUUGCCAACAAUGUGGCUAAGGUCCAUGAGGAUGCUCCUCUGAAGUUUAUCCAGCUGAUCCAGGUCCUACGUGUUGCCACCUUGGAGAACCUUGAGGCCAUCUGGACUCAGUUUAAGGCCAAGCCAGAAUACAGACGUUGGAUUCUGGAUGCCAUUCCUGUUGUUGGAACACCAGCUGCUGUGAAGCUCAUCAAAGAGAAGUUCUUGGCUGACGACCUCAGCAUUCCUGAAACUGUUCAGAUUCUUUUGGCUGCUGUGCACAUGGUUCCUUCUGAUCCGGAGAUCAUCAGACUCAUCUCUAGCUUGGCCCUGCACCACAAGAUUCAGGCAAACCCUGUUCUGAGUGAGAUUGCUAUGCUGGGAUAUGGUACCGCAAUUUUUAAGUACUGUGCUGCAGUUCCUACGUGCCCAGCUGAACUCCUGGAGCCCAUCCACGAGCUUGCAGCUGAGGCUAUUGCUAAGGCUGAUAUUGCUAAGAUCACCCUGCUGGUCAAAGUUCUGGGUAAUGCUGGUCAUCCUGCUAGUCUUAAGCCAAUCAUGAAGAUCCUCCCUGGAUUUGGCUCCGCAGCUGCUGCCCUUCCAGUCAGAGUCCAAGUCGACGCCAUCUUGGCUCUCAGAAGCAUUGCUAAGAGGGAACCCAAACUGGUCCAGCCAGUGGCCCUGCAGCUGUUUAUGGACAAGGCCCUUCACCCUGAACUGCGUAUGGUGGCUGCUGUGGUUCUGUUUGAGACCAAACCCACAGUUGCACUGGUAUCUACUAUUGCUAGCGUUCUGAAGAAGGAGACCAGCAUGCAGAUUGUCAGCUUUGUGUAUUCCUACAUCAGAUCUCUCACCAGGAGCACUGUCCCAGACUAUGCCACUGUGGCUGCUGCCAGCAAUGUUGCCAUCAAAAUCUUGAGCCCCAAGCUGGACAGACUGAGCUACCGUUACAGUAAAGCCAUCCACCUUGACCUGUACAAAAGCCCCGUAAUGGUUGGUGCUGCCGGCAGUGCCUUCAUCAUCAACGAUGGUGCCACCAUUCUGCCCACAGCUGUUGUGGCUAAAGCUCGUGCCUAUCUUGCUGGAGCUGCUGCUGAUGUUCUUGAGGUGGGAGUGAGAACCGAGGGAAUUCAGGAGGCCCUUCUGAAAACUCAUGCUUUGGAGGAUUUGGAGGACGACAGGAUCACCAAGAUGAAGCGUGUCAUGAAGGCAAUUGCAGAAUGGAAGACCUUGCCAAAGAGCCAGCCUCUGGCAUCCGUCUAUGUCAAGUUCUUCGGACAGGAAAUUGCCUUUGCAAACAUUGACAAAGCUAUAAUUGAACAAGCAGUUCAGCUUGCCACUAGUGCCGAUGCCAAGGUCCUGUUGAAAGAUGCCCUGAAGGCACUGCAGACUGGCAUUACCGCUCAGGCCGCUAAGCCUCUUCUGGCUGCUGAGAUUCGCCGCAUCUUCCCCACUGCUGUUGGUGUGCCAAUGGAACUCAGUCUCUACUCUGCUGCUGUUGCCGCUGCUUCCAUCAAAGUGAAAGCAACAAUUACCCCACCUCUUUCUGAACCUCUCAAUGCUGCCGAGCUGCUGAAGGCAGACAUCCAGUUGGAAGCUGAGGCCACUCCAAGCAUCUCCAUGCACACCUUUGCUGUGAUGGGAGUCAACACUGCCUUCCUUCAGGCUGCCGUCAUGGCCAGAGCCAAGGCUGUCACUGUGCUGCCUGCUAAGAUGGCUGCAAGAGCGGAUGUUCCCAAACUGAACUUCAAGAUUGAGGUUCUCCCUGUUGAGACACCUGAGCACAUUGCUAAAAUCCGUGUUGAGACCCUGGCUAUUGCCCGUAACAUUGAGGACCUUGCAGCUGAGAGAAUCACACCCAUGGUGCCGCUUGUUGCUACACAGCUGAGGUCCACUGAGAGGUUUGCCUCUACGAUGUCUUCUACUUCUCGCAGUGCAUCCCAGUCCUCCGAGAUCAUUUACUCAGACCUGGUACCUCAACUGAGGGCCGGUGUACCAUUCCACAAGACCAUUUGUGUGCCAGCUGCUUUCAUUGGAAUCAAAGGAUGUUUUGAAGUCACCUCUAGCAACACUGCCUUCAUCAAGGAUAUUCCUCUCCUCAACCUCAUUGGAGAACACGCCGUUUUGGUUGCUGUGAAACCAGCUGAUGGCCCAGCUAUUGAGAGACUGGAGGCUGAAGUUCAAAUUGGACCCAAGGCUGCAGAGAAGCUCCUGAAGGAAAUCAACAUCAUUGAUGAGCAAACCGCCGAGGGCAAAACCAUCAUUGCUAAACUGAAGAAGAUCCUUGAGCCUGCUCUGAGAAACAGCUCUUCCAGCUCAAGCAGCUUGCUCAGCUCCAGCAUGUUUGGCAUCAGCAGUUUGUUGAGCUCCUCCAGCUCCAGCUCAUCCAGCUCCCGCAUGUCAAAGGCCUCCCUCAAGCAAUACCCAUUCAAGAAAUUCCACAACAACCAGUACCUGGUCUCUCAAGGAAUCUCCGCUCAGAACCUCAGAAGCAGUGGAAGUAGUGCAUCCAGCUUUGAAGCCAUUUACCAACAGAAUCAGUUCCUAGGUAAUGCUGUCGCUCCUGCUGUGGUGGCCAUCUUCCGCGCUGUGAGAACUGACGAGAAGCUGCUGGGAUACCAGGCUGCUGCCUAUCUUGACAAGACCAACUUCAGACUGCAGAUCGUCAUCUCUGCUCUGGCUGAGACUGACAACUGGAAGAUGUGUGCUGAUGGUGUUGUUCUGAGCAAGCACAAAGUCAUGACUAAGGUUACAUGGGGAGCUGAGUGCCAAGAAUACGCCACCAUUUUGAAGGCAGAAGCUGGUCUCCUUGGUCCAAGCCCAGCUGCCCGUCUGGAGCUGGAGUGGGUGAAGAUCCCUACCAUUGUCACUACCUAUGCAACCAGGCUGGCUAAGUACAUCCCUAAUGCUGCCCUUAUGGCUGGGAUCACUGUCAACAAAGCCGAGAACAGCGAAAAAGAAAUGGAACUGACCGUUGCCAUCCCCACUGAAAGGACAGUGGAUGUCAUUAUGAAACUGCCACAGAUGACUCUCUCCAAACUGGCCUUGCCUCUUCCCAUUGCCCUGCCAAUUGGUGCUGAUGCUACUAUCCAGGUCAUUCCCGAGGAGAACAUCCUUGAGCAGAUUCAUUUCCUGUAUGCUGAGGCUUCCUCUGCUCAGUGUAGCAUGAUCCAGGACACUCUGACCACAUUCAACAACAGGAAGUACAAGAAUGAGAUGCCAAUCUCCUGCUACCAAGUGCUGGCUCAGGACUGUACUCCAGAGCUUAAGUUCAUGGUCCUGUUGAAGAAGGAUGAGGUCACCGCACAGAACCACAUGAACGUGAAGAUUGCUGAUAUGGAUGUUGACCUGUACCCUACUGGCAGUGAUGUGCUAGUAAAGGUUAACGGUGUGGUGGUUCCUAUUUCCAAUCUUCCCUACCAACACCCGUCAGCCCCCAUUCAGAUCAGACAGAAAGCUCAGGGCCUGUCACUUCAUGCUCCUCGCCUUGGUCUUCAGGAGGUUUACUUCGGCAAGGACACAUUGAGGGUCAAUGUUGCAGACUGGAUGAAGGGCCAGACUUGUGGUGUUUGUGGUAAAGCUGACGGAGAGACCAGACAGGAGUACUCCACACCCAGCGGCUACCAGACCAAGAGCUCAGUCAGCUUCGUCCACUCCUGGGUGCUUCCCGCUGAGAGCUGCCGCGACAGCACUCAGUGCCGUCUGAAGCAUGAAUCUGUCAAGCUGGAGAAGCAGCUGAUUGUGGAUGGCCAGGAGUCUAAAUGCUACUCUGUGGAGCCAGUGCUGCGUUGUCUGCCUGGUUGCCUCCCAGUGAAGACCAUGCCUGUCACCGUUGCAUUCCACUGUCUCCCUGCUGAUUACAGCCGCUCUGUGGAUCUGAGCAACAUCUCUCAGAAGAGUGUGGACCUGAGGGAGACUGCAGAGGCACAUAUGGACUGCCAGUGCAACGCUCGGUGUGCAUAGAAUGUUAUGAUUUAAACUUGAGAUUUGUUAAACAUUCUCAGUAUCCAAUCAUCUGUAUGUAUGAAACUGAAAUAAAAUCAACAUCAGCAACUUG